AUGGACUCCUCCGGUUAUUGGGAUCAUAAUAGUACAAGAGAUGUAUCAGAAGAACUCCCAAAUAACUCAAAUUCCGUACAUCUUCACAACACAUCAUCAUUAAUUGCCAUUGCAACAUCGCCGCAACAUCAGGUUCAAACUCAAGGAAUUAUACCUGAAGGAGAAUUAAUAGAUUCGAUAGCAUCUGCCUCUGCAUCUGACAAUAACUACCUAGUAAAUGAAGAUGGUGGCGAAAAUCUUGAAGACUUGAGUACAAAUAUGGACUCGAAUGUUACCUCAGCAUUGGAUCAGCCUACAUUAGAACAAGUACAACGAGUUUAUUAUGCGAAAGGUCUAGAUGAGUUGGAAAGUUUACAGUUACUUGACAUAUCACCUUUAGCGAAUUGGAAAUUGUCUUCUUUUAAGCAAGGAUUUGGUUUAGCACAAUUAAGAGAUGAUUCACCCGAUAGUUUCUGGCAGUCCGAUGGUAGCAAUGGCACUAAUAAUACUUCGAACAAUGCAAUAUCCAACAGCCAACUAAGUAAUCCACAUUCAAUAACUAUUCAAUUUUCGAAAAAGGUAAGCAUUGAAAGAAUUUCAAUAUUUACAAACUUUUCAUUGGAUGAAAGCUAUACUCCCUCAAAGAUCAAAAUUAUGGCUGGAAGCUCCGAUGGAUGGGAUUUAAGUGAGGUAUGUACGGUGAAUUUUAAUAAACCUAUAGGGUGGUCGCAUAUUAUUUUUAACGGCAUAAGAAAUGAUGGGGUAUUAAAAUGCUUCAUAGUUAAAAUCAUAAUUUUAGCAAAUCAUCAGGAUGGAAAGGACUCGCAUAUCAGGGCAAUAAGAUGUUUUGGAAGAAGGUCCACUAUAUCUAAGCAUCCCAUUCGAUCAUCUCCUGGUUUUUUGCAUGAUAAUAGAUCAAUCAACCUUUCAGGCUCAGGACUUCUGCUUGACGAUAUGGAAGAAAUUGAUACAGAAAAUUCAAAAAGUGAAGUCAUGGUUGACAAGGAAACAGAUAAAGUGCUUGAGAAUGUCACUGAAGUCCUUGGCUUCAAUUCAGGAUUCCAAAGUUUGGAGUUGAAAAGUACGUCUUCGAUAAGGUGA